AGAAAUCUGUCCUCUCAUCAAACAACAACGCAUAUUCAAGGUUUGACCUCCACGUCGCACACACCUCUCUUUGCCACCCGGAAUCCACUGCAAUGAUCAAACACGCGCCUCACCGCAGAAUAACAGAUGAGCGCAUCUGAAACGCGUCUCAAGAUCCGUGACCCCUAUGCGUGGCGAGCAUACAAUCUGAUGUCCCGAGUGCGAGUAUGGAGGUACCACCGCAAGCCACGCAUUGCUGAGCACUGAUGGUAUUGUGUUACCUUCAUUUCAUUGUGGGGCUCUCAUGAUUCUCGUGAGAGUGGGAGAAAGGGGGUGGACGGAACUCGUCAUGUUGUCUGUCCGAUCCGCAGCCACGUCUCGGGGGACUUCAAUCAACCCAGCAUCUAAUUUCCUCCUUUCUCAACUACCGUUAAACGUUUCUCUUCUCCCGCGCGGCUUUUUGCCUCCUUUCUUCUCUAUUACCCCUACAGCAAGAAUUUUCUCCAGGAUUGCCUUCCACCCCCUUCCCUGUCGGCCUCUUCCGAGUUCCCGGAACACAAAUUUUCUUCUUCUACAAGCCUCAUUCCUCCUCACUUUACUAAGGGGGGAAGGGACAACCCUAACCCAAAUUUCUAUUCCGUGCCACAAACCCGGAAAUAAAAAAAUGUUUCUCGGAUAUGGAGUCGCACUCGGAGAACAACCCUUUUUUUUUUUCUCCAGAUCGAACAAUGCACAGAGCGAAGGAAAAUAAACGAAACCCGAUUCAGGACCAGGAGGUAGAAUUCACAGACCUCCAGAAACCUAAUCUCGUCGUCGCAGGAAUCUCACGGUACCGCGCGGGAUGAAGCGAAUUCAAGCGGUCG